AGAGAUAAGGUGCAAUGGAGCCCGAUAUCGAUUACAUGUAUAACCAAGCAACGCGAAUCUUAUGUUCUGUUUAUUAUUCAAAUAAAUCUUUAUUCAUUCAGCAGGUUCAGUUUGGACGAAUUCCUUAAUUCUGAGUGGGAAUAAUCACUAGUCAUUAUCUCGAAAAAAUGGCCUCAAAUCUCUCUGAGACUCGACUUUCUACUCGUGGAACAAUACAAGUUCACCGUAUACGCUUGGUAACAAGAGGUUGACUGUUCAUGUGAAAUCGAUCGAGGGUCUAUUGUGAAACUAUAUAUAUAUUGCGAUUAGGCCUAUAUUAUACUGUUCAUCAUGUUCAUGAUAUUAGUGUCAUAUAGAACUCUUGACUAGUUUGGUAUAGUUCGAUGGAAGCGAUGGAGCAUAAUCUUCCUAACAACUGGAGUUCGAAGCUCGUCAGGAUAGAGGAGUUUCAGUUCUGAUAUGUGGGCCCGAUAUCAACGAUAUAUUCUCUGUCUUCCGUCAUCGUUAAUAAAAGAAAGCUUUGAUCUUAUUUUUAAAUCAUGGAAAUAAAUCUUGACCAAAACCAGAAGCGAAUUGAAUAGAAGUAAACCGAAUAUAUUGGAUUUAGUUCGACGAUGACUUCAUGACACCUCUUUUUCUUCUUCUUCUGGCAUAAAAGCCCACAGUCCUACAGACGUAUCUUCUGAACUGCUGAAUAUAACAAUUUACAAUUUAGUGGACAACAAAUUCUCGGUGGGCAUAUCGUUCUAUUGAUGGAGUGAUCUGACUUUGGAUUUUUAUUUUUAAUAAACCACAAAGACUGUUGACAAAGAUGGAUGUGAACAGUUUAUUUUAUAGCAAUUAGCGCCACUCGGAGGGGGAAAGCUGACCGCCAAAAUGUCUCGAAAGAAGCGCCAAGUCUCCAUGAACCCAUCCCGCGCCCUCCAAGCCUUGCGGUGCAUCAAGGACAUCCAGCCCGACGAUCUAGGGGACCUUGGAUUCAUCCUCUCGUCAGAGACGAGUCCUUUGGUGCGUUGUCACAACCAUUCCUUCACCGUCGCUAUGCAGAAACAGAUGGAUAUCUAUUACCGACAUCACGUGACCACGAUGCGUAAACUUUCUCACGGUCAACAGUCGGAGUACCGAAAUCUGAUCAAAGUCAAGAACGAGAAACGAAGGAUGUACCGUUUGGGCAUGCUGCGACACCGGGAGGAGGCGGAGUUCGAUUCCCGAAUUCAGACGGAAAGAGAUCGCAACGAAGCCGAAAUCAAAUUAUUGAACCUUAAGUUAGAAGAUUACGGCACCGCCCUUGAAGAUGAAAUCGAUAUGCAUAGAAAAGAAGCCGAAAGAAGUGGAUGGUUACGUAUCAGAAGACGGGAUCCGACGAACUCAAGCGGUCUCCUCCCAACGAUCCAAGACAUCAAUGAUGACGCUGAUGAUGAUGAUGAUGACCCGCAACCAGAUGUGCCGAAAUCCGAUUUGGCCAGUGAUCAGGAAUAUCCGUCGGGUACCCUCAUCGCCGGCGACGAUGGUGGCGACCACGGCGAACAGUUCACAUCAACAAGCAACCGUGUCCUUAGUACUGAUGAUGCGAACUUAUUAAGCUCCAACAUCACACCUGAUGACAACAACUCACAAGAUGCGUUGCGGACAACCGAUCGACUACAUCACGCGUUGAACGACCAGAAUGGGCGAGGCGCUACUGAAGUUAAAGCCCACGUUGAUGAUGAGCUUCGAUCCAGGACAGACAUUUCGGUUAGCCAUGUAGGUGGAAAGACUAACAAAUCACAGGAGAACAGAACUGAAAGUACCAAACAAAGCUGCGAUCUCCAGGGUAAGAUACUUCUACAGGGCUCAGGACAUCACCUCAAGGAGACGGACGAUUCUCAUAGCAAUUCAAAACCUUGUCGGACAAGCUCAACUGGGAUGGCCUCUCCAAACAUUGUAGCCAUACACCCAGUAACCGAUUUGGUGAAGAAGGGACAGAGUAGACAAGGGGUGCCCAGGGUUCGACGCUCAAACGAGAGGACAGGUUCAAGCCACCGUGGUGAGCACGGUGAGAAGAAUGGCGUUGAGAUCAGAGAGAGGCAGGCGUGGGGUAUGACUAAACGCGUCCAAAAGCUGCCAAGUCUGGACCUUCAGCCAAUUGAUCAAGUCAUUCGAUACCAGCGCCAUGAAGCGGGCAGAGAUCUUGUGGGGACCGUUAUUGCUGUGAAACCGUCGGCUGAGAAGUUUCCUUUGCCCUCGAAGAGGUCCAAUUAUCAGAGGAGGAAGGCGCUACAGUGGCAUGUCGAGCAAGCACCAGAACUGCAUAAGAAGAUUCAUGAGUUUCUUACAAAAUGCGACGCAGUGCCUCGACCUGCAUCCAGCCUUCACUCCCGCCCAGUCUUUCUCUUCUCCCGUCACAUCCCCAACGUAUCAACAAUUGCGACGUCGACUGCGACCACGGACACGGUUCAACGAACGAAAGAGAAGACGAUAAACAGUAAUGAUAAUGAUGAUGAUCUCGUGACUUUAUCCAAUGAAAGAGCGCCAUCUACGAUACAUGGUCACAGUGUCGCGAUCACAAUCAUGACAAUGGAGAUGAUGAAUAGGAAACGCGGAGUGGUAACUCUUCAUAAAUGAUGCUUUUAUUCAUUUGCAGCCAACAAAAGAGUGCUUUUGAAUAGUGUGAGAAUGAUUGCACAAAAAAGUUUAAUAUUGAUUUCCAUGCCAGACAUCCCCCAUAAUAAAGAAAACUACUACAAGAAAUUUGGGAAUUUAAGUUCAUUAUCAAAUGUUUGAAAGCAUGUGUGGUGUGAACUUGUAAUGUAGCUUGAGGUAUUUCUUUUAAUGUAUGGCUUGUUGAAUGUUGUUAUUGGCGAUGUGUUCAUAAAAAAAUAGAUCUUGUUUUACAUUAUUUUGUUUAUCAAAUUAUUUUAAUAAUUUAAUAAUUAUUUGUAAAUAUUUGGAAAUUAACUUACUUUGUGUAAUAUACAUUUCUGAAAUAAGAGUAUAGCCUAAAAUUGUUUUUCGCAACGAAAUAGCUAGCUAUGUAAAUUAUUUUAUUUUAUAAUGUCACCACUUAGUUGCAAUGCAUUUAUAUUUGCGCCCUCUAUCUACAUUAACUAUAUAGGUAAAACGAAAAUGGAAAACGCGACAAUUUCAUGUCCUUCGUAGACUGGAUAUUAAUUAAUGUUAUUUCCCUUUUUUAAUUAGGAAUUUCUGUUGGGAAUAAGAUAUGCUUCACUGAAUUCAUACUUUUUAUUUUUCAAAUUCAAAUCAGAACAGUUUUAUUUUUCGAUUUUAUUUUCACGUAAAUAUCUAACUCCACGACCAGCUCUGUGAAACAACCCCAUGCUGCAGAAUACUUUGAAAAAUGCACUGUUUUUCAUACUUAAAAGGCAAACUUUAUUAUGAUACUCUUAUUAUAUAUAGAGCAUUAUAUUCCUUUUGUUUAAUGUAUGUAUUUUAUGUUUAUGUAUUGUUUUUACCUGGGAAUCAGUUUUGAUGGUGGAGCUUUCGGAGGGAAUAAAGAAAACGAGAAGGAUAUGCCUUUGGGAUCCAUCUACAUACCCCCCCCCCCCACUACCCAACAGCCGCAUUCCUUCAUCGAACUCCUUUAUCCUCCAUUAAUCUUCCUGUAAAUACACAAUACAUAUAUUUUGGGCCGAAUUAACGUAAAGAGAGACAUUUCAUAUUCAUUAUUGAUUGUAAUUUCUGCAGGUGUUUGCUACACCUCCUUGAAAGUUAAGUUCAAGAUAAAUAUAUUCCUUUUCUUUACUGAACUAAAUUACAUUAGAUUUGGUGAAAGACUGUUAUCUCCUGGAAAUUCACCUCUUGUAAAACGUUCCAUAUAUCCAUAGUAAAAGUUUAAUGGAC